UUCACAUGUUACUGUCGAGUCCAGUGAACACAAAGUGAUAAUAGUUGAAUGGAAUUAAAAGCACAUAAUGCCGGUUUUAUUUAGUUGAUUGGUUCUUACUUUGUUGUUGCUGUCGGCAGACUAAUUACAUGUUUUCAAGCAGAAUAGGUCAUACGCAGACAGUCAGUCACAUAGACAGGCUGACAAGGGACAACACAGAUUGUGUUACCAGAAGACUACAUGAAACAUGCAAGCUUAUCAAUUAUUAAAACGUUGCAAUUUGAAGGACUUAAUGCUGUUUAGAUGGCAUACUUGAUGUUUGCUCACAAAUAAAAGCUGUUUAGAUAUGAAAAAUGUGGUGAAUGGAUUAAUAUUUGUGACUACGGUUCAGAUAUUUGUGACUACGGUUCAGAUAUUUGUGACUACGGUCAGAUAUUUGUGUCCUUGGUGCAUAAUAUAUCAUCUGAGACUUGAAUACAAAAUUUUCUGUGAGAAAAUUCAAAGAACCAGUAUAUCACGGAUAGCUUCAGCAGCUGCUUCCAGCCUUAUAGCAUUUUGAUAAAGAUCACAUUCAAAUAGAUUCACUUGAAAGCUCAGUGAAACAUUUGGUUACUGUAGGAUGAGGGGGGCACAGUUUCUCAUUACCAUGGCUACCGUUAUCACAGCAGCCAACACUAGGUGCCAAUGUUGGAAUUGUUGUGAUUAUCUUUGUGGAAAAGUGUUGAUUUGGCUGAUGUUUAUGUUAACCUUGUGUAGUGCAAUUAACCCUAACAAUACAGCAGAUACGAAGGACUUGUGUAAGACCAUCUCGCCAAGACAUGCAUAUUUUCUGGAAGGGGAGGACAUUGCUCUUACCUGCAGCACACAGAACAUCUCUGCAGAAAAUUUGACAUUUUUAAGAGGAAGCAAUUCGGAUGAAGUUCCACAGGAGUUCAUUCAUAAACUGAAUGAUACUGCCAUAAAGCUGAUUAUUCCAAAUGUGACGUCUGCAGACAUUGACAGUUUAAAGGCCUCCACUGAGUAUGAAUGUGUGAAUAAACUUACACAUGAUUGUUACGAUAAUGUACAUGUUCGAUUAGAAUAUUAUCCUCGAGAACCUACACAGCUGGAUUGUCGUAUAUAUGAUUUUGAUGAGAUGACAUGUACCUGGUCGCUGGGUGUGGAUUACCACAAUGUAAGGGACAUGAAAGUUACAUGUGAAUAUUCCAGGUUGUUUUUCAAAAGUGAUAAUCCAACAGCAUCAUGGACCCCUUGUCCGGACUUUAAUGAAACAGCAUGCCACUGGGACUCUUACCAUUAUCAUGCUGCAUAUAGAAUAGAUACAAAGGUGUCAGUAACAGCAAUACAGAGGAAUAUUACCAAGGAAGUGAAUAAGACAUUCUACCAGCAUGACAUUAUGGAGCCAGGGCCUGUGAAAAAAUUGAAAGUCAGUAGAGCAGCAGGAGAAAGAUGUGUGGAGUUAGACUGGUUGCCAACAGAUAAAUACUACUCUUUCCGGUUUAUUGUUGUCUACAAUUCAACAUGCAUACCACAAAAGAUGAAAAGUGUAUUGUAUUUUGAAAGAAAUCAAACUUACAGUGAGAGUAGGAUACUAUGUGGUCUUACUCCCUACACAGAGUACACAUAUGCUGUUAAGGGUAGGCUAAUGAAGGAGAAAGAAGAGGCCAAUAAGACAUACAUAGAGAAGGGAUACUGGAGUGCUCCAGAGAUACUUACACAACGCACUGAUAGUGAUGUGUUAGAUGUAAACCCUGCCACUUCGCCAGGACUGUAUGAAAUAUCUGGUAUCAUUAGGCCAGGUCUGCAAGGUUAUGAUUCACUACAGCUAUACUGGACUCCGCUGACCGACUGUGACCUGCAUGAUAAUGCUGACAAUGUUCUAUACAAGGUAACAGCAUACAAUAUGACAACAUCGGUGAAACAUCCAGCAUUCAUGGCACAGGUCGAUGUUCCAAAAUCCAGGGUUCUCCAAGUUACACUUCAGGCAAUAAACAGCAUUGGACCAGCAAAUUCUUCUAGAGUUCUAACUGUAUUUCCUGCUAAGUUUGGUCCUAGUCCUUCAGAACUGAUACUACAAUACAACAAGACAGAUGCAGAUUGUGUUACAGUGGCUGAUAUAGUGGUAAGAGAAAAACAGACUAACUUCUCAAGCAUCUUUCAUACACUGGUCUGGUGUGAGGGAACACAACUUGUCUGUCAGGAGCCAAUCAAAUGGAAGCAGCUUGGAACAAAUGCAUCUUCUUUUGUGUUGCCUGGCAACCUGUGUGAUGUUGACUAUCGCUAUGGUUUAGUUACCCAUGGUUACCAUAAAGGUCAAAGUGAGAUAACUGAUACUGGUAUUCACUGGGAACCUUGUAUUUACCAGUUAGGAAAAGUGGCAGAUAAGCCUCUAGAGAAUGUCCAUCUGACAGCUGUUCAACCCAGCAAGGGGUUCUCAGUUGAAUGGAAUCCAUAUAACUGUGACGAGAUGAAAGCUUAUAUCACCCAUUACAUGGUUACAUACUGUGUGGGUCAUGGGUCAGAUAUGUGUAAAUGCUCAGAAGAAGCAGUUAGUGUGAAUGUUUCAAGACUGAAUAGUGGUUAUACUGCCAGUGACUUAUCACCUGGUUCCCAGGUCUGUAUCUGGGUCAGAGGGAUCAGCAAGGCAGGACAGGGACCAGCCAAUAUUCAACCAUUAUUCCAUACAAUAUUUGCCAAUUCAGGUGGAAUAAAUAUUGUGUUGAUUGUAGCCAUCAUCUCCAUCUUUGUGCUAAUUUUGCUUGUGACUGGCCUUAUAAUCUGUUCGUGUAAAAUAUAUAAGAAAUGGAAACGUGACAACAGUCAAAUCAGAAUAGUUCUACCUGAUGAGAAUAUGCCUCUUAACCCCAUGGAUACAUCUGAUAUUGCCAACAAUAGUGCUUCCAAUGGUACACUGCCAGGCUACUAUAGUCCUGAGAGGCUAGAAGACAACACUGACAGGAAAUAUUCAGUUGGUGAUAUAACAGAAGUUCUUGAAGGUGAAUAUAUUCAGCCAGCAAGCAUCGACUCAUAUAUGCUAGUUGAUGAGAAUUCAGAUCAGACAUACGCUGAUAACUCUAAUAGUGCUGAAAACACUGAUUCAAAAAUACCUGUAGGUAUAUCUGAAAACCAGCCACUCAUAGAUAAAUCUGAAGAUAUUGAAAACACCGAUUCAAAAGUACCUGUAGAUAUAUCUGAAAACAAGCCACUCAUAGAUAAAUCUGAGGAUGUUGUAAACACUGAUUCAAGAAUACCUGUAGGAAUAUCUGAAAACCAGCCACUUGUAGAUAAAUCUGAGAAUGUUGAAAAUGCUGGUUUAGGGCAAAUGGGAGAAGAACGACUGACAGUAAAAGAUGGUGCUUUAUAUGUAGGUAGACCUGAUAAAGCAAAGGACGAACCCGGUCAUUGUAGAUACAGUAUUAGCAGUGUUUUAUCGGACGCCCACACUGAGCAAACUAACUGUAGUAUGGACGAUUUACUGUGGGAUCAUAAUACUUUGGACCAUUCAUUAGGGAUUGCAGAUCAAGGUUUAGACUUAGACGCAAUUUUAUCUCCUUUUGAUCAUCAUUGUUCAUCUAAAGACAAGCAAAGUGAGGAAAUCAAAGACAGCAAAGGAGUUGACAAUGCAGCUACAUUUAGAGAGGGUAGUAAUUUUCUUGAAAAUGAAAUUGGUAGUAAUGAAUGUAGAACUGCUGAACCAGUUGAUGAAAAUCAGAAAAAUACAGGUGAUAUUGAAACAGUCCAUAAGGAGCCAUUUGAGAUUAAUGCUUCCUCUCUUGUGGAUGAAACAGAAGCUAGUGAAUCCAGUAUAAAGCCUGGGAAUGAUGAGCAAUGGAAUUCUGAUAAUGGUUUUAAUUUCGAUGAAACUGUUGGCCAACUUGGUGACCAUUAUAAACAAGUUGCUGACGUAGAUUCAGGGGAGGCAACCACAGUUAAAAGAAAGUCUGAAAAUGAGAUUGAUAAAUGCAGGGAAGUAAAUGGAAAUGCAGAGAGAGUAGAAGGUAGUAUAACUGAUCAAGUAGGUGAGAGAAGUGUUGAAAAUGAAAACACUAUAAAAGUAAAUUCUUCAGAUAACACAGUAGAGGAGGAUGAACAAAAUAGAAAUGAAAUUUCUAAAAGAAGUCUUUCUAGUAAUUCAAAUGGGUUGAUAUCUGGCGGUAGUGGAACUUCCUCGAGUAGGGACAGAACUUCUGGCAAUUCCAGUGGCACAUUGCAAAGUUAUGUGACAGCUGAUAAAGACACUUUUAAGGAACCAAAUGGUGACUCAAGUGAAAUUAAUGCAGGCAUCACACAAGCUGGAGACAAACCCAAAAUAUGUACUGUAAAUGGAGAGAUGAAUGGGACAGAACAAUUACAUAAUACAAUUGAUAAGCAAACAUGUUGAUUACGUUUGUAAUUUGUCAAACAAAAUUUAAAUUUAUUACAAACCUUCCUUAUAUUCCACAUAAUAUUAUAUUCUAGACCCAAAUUUCAUAUUUGAAAAUAUUAACAAUUACUGCAUAGAGUUUAUGCAAACAUAAAAAGGGUGAACAGAUAGCUCAGUGGUUUGCACACUGGCCUUCCAAUCCUGAGGUCUGAUUUCUGAUCUCUCUGUCAUGGGGGCUUUGUCUCGCUCUGUCCCUCUGGUCAGAUCGCUCUGUGUCUGUACUAGUAGAGGAUGAAUUAUGCACCCUGUGUGGCUGCAUUUGAACUAUGUAAAGUGCCUUUGAACGUGAAAUUGAUCAUAAAAAGGGCGCUAUAUAAAUCUGGUAUAAUAAUAAUAAUAAUAAAAAUUAACAAGUUUAUGUAUACUAAAUGUUAGGUUUAAGAUAGUACAAACUUUAUAUGUGUAUAGUUAAACUCACUAUAAAUGUGUAUUAACACUAAAAAACAGAAAGAUUUUUUUAACAAAUGGUCAUUACUGUAUGAAAGUUAUUUAUGAAUGCAGCUCUACUUACACAGUUAACAUAUUAAGGAAAGUUAAAUACUUUUGAUGAAGAUUUUCUAUAUUUGAAGAUAAAUUAUUUGAGUGAAAGGUAGGCAUUAGAUAUAGGAAUGUACAGCAGGCUCUAUAUAUCACAAACUGUCAAACCGGGCAAACUGUAAAACAACGUGCAUUUUUGUUGGUUUUGUAUGUUUACAUUUGUGAAUUAAAAAUCCUUAUACAUUUGUACAUGUAUAUUUUAUUCUUAUUUGAAAGAAAAAGAAAAAUAUGGUAAGUUUCAAUUGGAUGGGAUGAUUGGUGUUCUUUGUUAAGUGGAUCAUGUUUCGUUAUAGAUUAUGUAAUAUGUUGUCCAAUUUUUAUAGGAGUUUACUGAGGAAACACUGCUAAAUUAAAGUCAUUUUACACGUUGAUUGAAGUCUUGUGUCUGACAUUUUUUAUUGAAAUAGGGUAAUUUUCUAAUAUUUAGACUACGUCUGUUUCUACAUGUAAAUAAGAUUCUUUGCAAAGUACAAAUAAUAGGUAAGAAAUUAUUAGCUGGACUACGUGAAGAAUAGGUAAAGCUACUGUACUUUCCUAUGCGUCUGCUGCACCAUUCAGGUUUAGUUAAGUUUUUGUAUGUAAGCUGGUAUCUCAGUAACCAAAUGUGGGAAUAGAUUAAACCUUCACACAGUUAUUCACUGUGACUAACUGACUUACAUUGUACAGGUCCAUAAAUCUGUUUUGCAUUUACACAAAAUCAUACCCCUGUUUGAACUGAGCAAUUUUUUAGUUUAGUUUUUUUAUGUAAGCUGGUAUUUCAGUAGCCACUAAUGGGAAUGGAUUGGAACUUCAUACACUUGUUCAUUUUGAUGAUCCGGCAUUGUGAUGAGCUUGCAUGCAUUGCACAGGUUCCAUAACUCUGUUUUGCACUUUUAGCUCAACUGUCACAUAGUGACAAGGUGAGUUUUUGUGAUCAUCCGUCGUCUGCGUGCGUGCAUCCGUCCGUCAACAAUUUCUUGUCUGCACGAUAGUGGUUUCAUUUAUGAUUUUAUUUUAACCAAACUUGCACAAACUUGUAUUACCAUAAGAUCUUGGUUCCUUUCUUGAACUGGCCAGAUCCCAUUAUGGGUUCCAGAGUUAUGGCCCCUGAAAGGGCCAAAAUUAGCUAUUUUGACCUUGUCUGCACAAUAGCAGCUUUAUUUAUGAUUUGAUUUUUACCAAACUUGCACACAACUUGUAUCAACAUAAGAUCUUGGUUUCUUUCUGGAACCGGCCAGAUUCUUUCAUGGGUUCCAGAGUUAUGGCCCCUUAAAGGUCCAAAAUUUACUAUUUUGGCUUUUGCAGCCAUAUAGAGACUUCAUUUAUGGUUUGAUUUGAUACAAACUUCGAAAAUAUCUUCAACAACAAUAAAUCUUGGAUUCCAUGACGAAUCUGACAGAUCCAAUCAUAGGUUCCAGAGUUAUUUUAUAUCUGAUUAUCUCCCCUGAUUGUAAUCAAAAUGGAUUUAUCUCAGUAAGUACUUAUAAGACUUAUUUGAAAUUUCAUUAUUGUCUUUAGUUGGACUGAGACAAUCAGGGUAGAUAACUAUGGACUGAUUUUAUGUCAAAUUACCUCACUCUAUUUCAAAUUAAAUGGGUAUAUCUCCGUAACUAAUGAAGAUACUGAUCUGAAAUUUCAUUUAUGUCAACAGAUGGACUUGGACAAUCAGUGAAGAUACAUAUGUACUGAAUUUAUGACAAAUUACCUCCCUUUAUUUUUUAUCUAAAUGAAUACACCUUAGCAGCUUCUAAUGAGAUUGGUUUGAAACGUUAUUUAUGUCUUCCAUGGUAAGAAAUAGUCAUAUUAGAUAACUCUUGAUUAAACAUUUAUCGAUAUGAAUACUUUACUCUUAUAUUGUUGUAUAGGCUUGUACUCUGUACCUUCUACAUGCAUAUACCAAUGCAUGAUUACCUCUCCUGAUUUUAAUAAAAAUGGAUUUAUCUCGCCAAAUAUUUAUAGAACUCAUUUGAAAUUUCAUUAUUGUCUUUAGUUGGACUGAGGUAAUCAGGAUAGAUAGCUAUGGACUGAUUUUAUGUCAAAUUACCUCCCUUUGUUUCAAAGUAAAAUGGGUGUAUCUCUGUAAACAAUGAAGAUACUGAUUUGAAAUGUCAUUUGUGCCAUCAGAUGGACUCGGACAAUCAGGGUAGAUAACUUUUGACUGAAUUUAUGACAGAUUACCUUCCUUUAUUUUAUGUAAACAAAUAUCUCAGCAGCAUCUAAUGAGAUUGGUUUUAAAUGUUAUUUAAGUCUUCCAGGGUAAGGAAUAGUCAUGUUAUUACAAAAAUGCAGCAUUUGAGCCUAUGACCCUCAAACUUGGUAUGGAAAUUGGCCCUGACUAGGUCAAAAGGGACUGUUACAAGAAAAUGUUUAUCCUGAUGAUAUUUAAUGAGCAAUGGUACUCAGGUGAGCGAUACAGGGCCAUCAUGGCCCUCUUGUUUACAAAAUUAUGUCCCAUAUUGAAUUUUAUAUUAAUUCAGUUGAGAACGCUAUGGGAUAGUCAAACGUUGCUGUCCAUUGACAGCUUUUGAGACAUGAUGAGAUCAUAUCUUCUGGUUUAAGGUCACAUGAUUCUUUCUAUUUUCUUGGAGUGGGUCAUAUCUAUUGUCCUUGGGGAUGAAUGGUUUGCACAACUGUUAUCUUUCAUCAGACAGUCUGUCAUGACAAAAGGUCAAGGUCAGGUGACUGCCACCAGAGUCAUUUUAAACCUCUUUUACUAUUUUUUCUUCAGUUCUGAGUUUAACUUUGUUCAAGUAUUUUGGGCAUUAUAAAGACUGUACAUACAUUAAGUAUGCUGCAUUUGGUCUUUAUAUUGCACAUACAAUAUAGUAUAUAAUAGUUAAUUUAUAUUUUCUUGUUAUUCUUUGUUAAAUGCUUUUACGAUUUCUUUUACUAAAUGUUUUUAUGAUAAUGUAAAGCACUGGUGUUGUAUAUUUGAGGAAUCAUCUAUGUUCUCUGAUUGUUAACUUACUUUACAUAUCAGCUUUGGCAUUUCUUGUUACAAUACAAGUUGUAUCCUGGAUAUUUACAAUAUAUUUCUUAACUUAUUUUCUUGAAGGCAUUAUUUUCCUACCAUUGGUAUCGUACAUAGUAUCUCUAAUUAGAUGUGUUUUAUUUGGUGUACAUGUAGUUUGGAAGUAAACGUUUUGUUGACAUAAGGCUGGUAAUGAACCUGUAUUUACAGAUCCCUGUAUACAUAGUGCAGCAAUAUACACCUAGAUACAUAGUGAAGGGGCAGUGAAGGCUAAAUUUCUUAGUGUCUGUCGGUUCCUUUGUAAUUCCUGUGCAAACUUUAAAGUCAUAUCUCUUAAAGAGUGUAAUUUGCACAUAAAUGUUUACCAAAGGCAAGUUCUUGUCGAUGUUUGCUAAUAAAAUGUUGUUGUUUGUUGUUGUUUAAUAUGACAAGAGACUGGCAUGGCCCAGGUCAUUUGGCUCGAGGUCAAGGUUCCAGCAUUUUUAUUUUAUGUCUUUCAUGUCUCCUUAAUUGCUGUAAGAAUUUUUUAUAAAACUGGCAUUAGUUGUUUAUCUAUCAAAUCAGAAUGACAUGCCAAGGGCACAAGCCAGGUCCAACUUCAAGGUCACACCUUGUGGUCAAAGGCCUUAAUCACAACAGUUUAUCUUUCCUGUAUCAAUGUGGUGUCUGGGAUUAUUAGAUUAAUAAUCACUUUCAGUGAUAGGUCUAGUUUUCUUUGAUGAUUCUUAGUUUGUAUGUUGCUGCUUUAUGUAAUUGCAGUUCAUUUAACUAUAUAUGAGCCGUGCCAUGAGAAAACCAACAUAGUGGGUUUGCGACCGGCAUGGAUCCAGACCAGCCUGCGCAUCCGCGCAGUCUGGUCAGGAUCCAUGCCGUUCGCUAACAGUUUCUCUAAUUGCUAUAGGCUUUGAAAGCGAACAGCAUGGAUCCUGACCAGACUGCGCGGAUGCGCAGGCUGGUCUGGAUCCAUGCUGGUCGCAAACCCACUAUGUUGGUUUUCCCAUGGCACAGCUCAUAUAAAGUAUUUCAUUUCUUUUCCAUAAAAAAAUAUAAUAAUAUAUUUUCUGUUCAAGUUUAGCUUAUGAUCACUGAAGUUUAAUCAUGAUCAUAUACAGAGCUAUAUAUAGUGUAAGCUUUAAAAUGAAUUGAAAUGUAACAUAUAGUGGAGAAGCAUGACAAGGUUUCUUAAGUACCUGAUAUAUUUCUGCCAGAGAUGUGUAACAUGGAGGACAAGCUGGCAGGCUGAUAAGACUGACAGACCUUGUCAUUGUUACAUUUUUUAAAAUGCCUUCAUAUGCAAGAAAUGUUCAUAUCUAUAUACCUGUUGAUAUGUAUUGAUCCCUAAUGUAUGUCCUCAUUUACCUCUUAACUAAUCUGUGUUACUUUUAGUAUAUGAUAUGUAAUUAUUUAUUUUUGUACAAAAAAAUAAGAAAACCUUUUCCUUACUGUUUACUCUGCCUGAAUGCAUGUUAAAGAUAUGCUCACUGAAAUUCAUUUUGAAUAAUGUUUGAAUUAUAAAAUAUUAUAUAGGCCUUAUUUCCUCUUCAUCAAAUGAAGUAGAAAAUAUUUUAUUGUAUAAUUAAACAUAUAAUUAUGUUCAUAAUGUGUCAUUAAACCAAAGGUUACCAUUUAUGAUUUAUCAUUUCAUGUUAAUAUUAGUUAUAUCAGCUAUUCUCAGUAUGGCAGCUGUUUCAUUCAUGUUUUUUAUCAUGAAAAAUGUAAUGUAUGUUAUACAGCUUUCAAACAUUCCAAAACUGACUUUUAAUAUUUAUACAUAAUUUUAAGUUUAUUGUCAAAAAAGAGAUUCUAUUUUUAUGUUAAAUAUAGCAAGUCUACAAUUUGUUGAACAAGUUAUGAAAUAUCUGCAAAUUUUCAGCUGUUCUUCAGAAGUUUUUUCCGGAUUUGAUUUCACAAAACAUACAGUGUUCGUGAAAAUAAUGUUACAGUAUUUCAACAACUUUUUGAAGUCUUCAGUCUAAAAUCCUAAUCUAUGUUUUAUACAGCAGUCAGUGCUAUAACCUCCAGAGUGACAGUUUGGUAUGAUCAGAUUCAGAAUUUAACUACACCAACUUGGCAAGCAAUGUUGUUACACUUACUGUUUUAGGGAAAUUGUACUCAUAAGAUUUUGCUCAUAAAUGAAUCAGAUGCCUAGAAGGCAUAUAAUACAUGUUUCAGUAAAUGCACGAUUCUAUGAUAUUUUAAAAAUGUAUUUUUAUAAUGUUUACAUAUUAUGUUAGUGUUUUUUGUUUAGUUAUUUAUACAUGUAAUUAUGUUGUGAUAUGCUUGAACCACAAGAGGAGUUGACUUAUUUACAUGACUUAGAAAUUAGGUCCUAUUUGUCGGAGCACGAACCUUCAUGAUUAUGUUAGUUUUUGAUUUCUUAAACAGAAUGAGAGAUAAUGAACAAACUGUUUGACAUUAGCCAUGAUAUCUUGGAUAUUGUUUUCUCUUUUAUUUUCAUUCCUCUAGUUUGUCAACAUGUCCUACUUCUAAUAUAGAAAUAAGAAUCUUUUACCCAGAAUGCACUUCUUCCAAUAGCAGCAUCCAUACCACAUGUGAUGAAAUAAAUGGUCAUACAGUAAACAAUAGCAGUGAGUGGUCAUACAGUAAACAAUAGCAGUGAGCGGUCAAACAGUAAACAAUAGCAGUGAGUGGUCAAACAGUAAACAACAGCAGUGAGUGGUCAAACAGUAAACAAUAGCAGUGAGUGGUCGGCAGUAAAUGGUCAUACAGUAAACAAUGGCAAUGAGUGGUCAUACAGUAAACAAUAGCAGUGAGUGGUCAAACAGUAAACAAUAGCAGUGAGUGGUCAAACAGUAAAUGGUCAUACAGUAAACAAUAGCAGUGAGUGGUCAAACAGUAAACAAUAGCUGUGAGUGGUUGGCAGUAAAUGGUCAUACAGUAAACAAUAGCAGUGAGUGGUCAAACAGUAAACAAUAGCAGUGAGUGGUCAAACAGUAAACAAUAGUAAUGAGUGGUCAAAAGGUAAACAAUAGCAGUGAGUGGUCAAACAGUAAACAAUAGCAGUGAGCGGUCAUACAGUAAAUGGUCAUACAGUAAACAAUAGCAGUGAGUGGUCAAACAGUAAACAAUAGCUGUGAGUGGUUGGCAGUAAAUGGUCAUACAGUAAACAAUGGCAAUGAGUGGUCAUACAGUAAACAAUAGCAGUGAGUGGUCAAACAGUAAACAAUAGCAGUGAGUGGUCAGACAGUAAACAAUAGCAGUUAGUGGUCAAACAGUAAAAAUAGCAGUGAGUGGUCAAACAGUAAACAAUAGCAGUGAGUGGUCUAACAGUAAACAAUAGCAGUGAGUGGUCGGCAGUAAAUGGUCAAACAGUAAACAAUGGCAAUGAGUGGUCAUACAGUAAACAAUAGCAGUGAGCGGUCAUAAAUAAACAAUAGCAGUGAGUGGUCAUAAAUAAACAAUAGCAGUGAGUAAACAGUAGCAGUCAAUGGUCAUACAGUAAACAAUAGCAGUAAACGGUCAUACAGUAAACAAUAGCAGUAAACAGUCAUACAGUAAACAAUAGCAGUCAAUGGUCAUACAGUAAACAAUAGCAGUAAACGGUCAUACAGUAAACAAAAGCAGUAAAUGGUCAUACUGUAAACAAUAGCAGUGGGUCAAACUUAGUGGAUGGCACACCUUUAUAGCGAGUGCUCCUCGUGAAGCUACAAUAUUGAAUUUGUUACACAGAAGGAAAUGUGCAUUUUGACUGAAAGGCAAUCAGUAUUAAUCUAGUGGCCUUGGAGGAAUAUUUGUUUUUACUCAUUUUAGUUUAUAGGAAAAGUACAUUAAGUAUUAUGCACAUUUAUAUGUUUGAUUUUGUAUUGAUAUAUUUUAAUGCAAUUUUAAUGAAAGUACAUUCCUUUACUUUAUAUUCAAAUUAUACCUGACAAUUGCACUCCAGUUAUAUGAUUUUUAAAUGCAUUUUUUAUAACAGAAAUGGACACGCCUUUCUAUCAGUAUUUUAAUUUCUAAACUCUAAACCAGAUAGAAUAUGUUCUAUGGCUGUUAAAACUGACGCAUGACCAAACACCACAAAGGAAAGGUCCUUGAGAUCAGUAGGUCAAAGGUCUAUGUCUAAAAAGGGUGUCUGGACUUGUAAAUUUAGCCCUCUUCUUGUAUUUUGUACUGCAUUUCAGUUUUCUAUGAACUAACAUAUUUAAUUCAAAAAUAUAUGUUUAGCUAUCUUGUUAUGUUUUGCUUACAUUGGAAUAAAUUAAACUGUUUUGAAUAAAUGA